CGCUCCAGUCUGGUCGUGAAUUACAUUACGAGCGGUAGUGUGUUUGACUCGUUUCUGGUUUUCUCUUAUACAUUUAAGUACAGCCGAAGAAGAAGGAAUCGUCGGUCGUUGGUGGAAAAGUGACUUGUUUUGAGUUUUUCCAGCUUAUUUGGUGCAUUUCGCUGCAGGCGCAUAGCUAGCCGGAUAGAUUUCCCUCGUGUGAUAGCAAGCAAUAGAUAGAGAAUUACGUAAAAUAAAAGUGAGUGUGCUUGUGAAAAACAAAGUGUUCGCCAGGAAACAGGAUUAUGAAAAUAUGAGUGCAUCGACGCCGACACAGCCGUCCGGGCCGCCAGUUCCUCCGGUGAAGCCAAUUCUAUCGUCACCCGGUGCCUACAUGGCCAACUUUCAGUCGAGCCCGCUCAAUUCGUCGUCGGGAAACGGGACCCCGUUGACACCGGGAUCGGUCGGUACCAGCCCGGCAGCGCCCAUCACCGCCGGGAUCCACAGUAGCAACAAAACGCACGAGAAGCCAACGAUAGCGGCCCGGCCGAUUCCACCUCCAACGUUGCCAAAAUAUUCGUCCUCGUUCAACAAGAUCGACCGCGAUCGGAACGAGUUCACCAAGAUCGACAAGGCGGAACGGGAGAAGCUCCAGUCAAAGCGUGAAAUGUUCUUCAAAUCGGAGAGUAACAGUCCAUCGGGGCCACCUCCGAAUCCACCGGUGCUAAGCAAUCUCAACCUGGCAAACAAUAACGUAGUGAAUAACAGCGCACCGCAUCUAAACAAUGCCAACUCUGUGGCCGAUAGGCAUUCAAUUAACUCGCAUACUAAUAGCUCCAUCGGCCUAUCGUCUAACGUCACUAACAUGAACAUCAACAACAACAACAACAAUAACAAUCACAACAGCGCCACAAGCAACGGUACGAGUGUCAACGGACUGUCCAAUAGUUUAACCAAUAUUUCCUUAAAAGAGAAACGUGACGCAAUUCUGAACGCCAACAACCACCACGACGGAUUGCUGCAGAACAAUGGGCAUCACGAUUCCAACAAGAUUCUCAACGAACGCCACGAGAAGGAAAAACCGAUCGUCAAAUCGAAACCCAAGGAACUGGACGGAUACGUCGGGUUUGCGAAUCUUCCGAACCAGGUCUACCGGAAGGCGGUCAAGAAAGGAUUCGAAUUCACAUUGAUGGUUGUGGGUGAAACUGGUCUCGGAAAGUCCACCCUGAUCAACUCGAUGUUUUUGUCGGAUGUGUACCACCCGGAGCAGCACCCAGGACCGUCAAAGCGAAUCAAGAAGACUGUUGCCGUGGAAAGCACUAAAGUAUUACUCAAAGAGAACGGCGUUAACCUGACGCUGACCGUCGUGGACACUCCCGGUUUCGGAGAUGCAGUUGAUAACAGUAAUUGCUGGAAACCAAUCGUGGACUUUGUCGAGAACAAAUACGAGGAGUAUCUGACGGCGGAAUCGCGUGUCCAGCGGAUGGCAAUUCCCGACACACGUGUGCAUGUGUGUCUCUACUUUAUCGCCCCAUCCGGCCACGGGCUGAAACCGCUCGAUAUCGAGUUCAUGCAGCGGCUAUGCGAUAAAGUCAACAUCAUUCCAGUUAUAGCCCGGGCGGAUACGCUGACGCCCGAGGAAAUUACGCUGUUCAAAAAACAGAUUCUCAAUGAAAUUGCUCAGCACAAGAUCAAGAUUUACGACUUUCCGGAUCCCUCGGACGAGGAGGAGGAUGCCAAAACACUGCGACAGCUGAGGAGCCGCGUUCCGUUCGCCGUGGUCGGUGCUAAUGCUAUCGUGGAAAUCGAUGGACGUAAAGUUCGUGGCCGUCGACAUCCGUGGGGCGUCGUUGAAGUUGACAACCUGGAUCACUGUGAUUUUGUGGCACUGCAAAACAUGGUCAUUCGAACGCAUCUACAGGAUCUGAAAGAUGUAACCAACAAUGUACAUUACGAAAACUACCGCUGUCGGAAGCUGGCCGGUUUGGGUAAUGACGGAAAGUCCAAGCUGAGUAAUAACAUAUGCAAUAUUGGAACAAUUAACGCAAACUCAUUUGGUACUGGAUGGAACCCACUGGCUCAAAUGGAGGAGGAGAAACGCGAGCAUGAAUCCAAGAUGAAGAAAAUGGAAGCUGAGAUGGAACAGGUGUUUGAGAUGAAGGUCAAGGAAAAGAAACAGAAGCUGAAGGAUUCCGAAGCAGAGCUAACCAGAAGACACGAGGAGAGGAAAAAGGCUCUGGAGUUGCAAAUCCGUGAGUUGGAGGAUCGCCGAAAAGCAUUCGAUAUCGAGAAGGCCGAAUGGGAGCAACAGAACGGUGUCACGCUGGAAGAACUCCGACGUAAGAGUCUCGAGGCCAACAGCAAAGAAACAAUGGACAGUAAAGAUAAAGGUAAGAAGAAGAAGGGUCUGUUUUAAAUGGCCGAGACGAAUGUGUUGUGUUCUACUCGAUUCUACUUUGCGUCUCGAGCUCGUUGAGAAAAUGAAAAAAAAAUCAGCAAAUGUAAGCAUAGCAGACGACUCCUUCUUCCGAAGUGAACAGACAAACAAACACAAUCACAUCCACAUGCACAUUCGCAUCCCAAAUAAACGUUCUUCGACUAGUACCACUAUUCCUCUUUAACCUCUGCUAGUACUGUUAGAUCUACUACCACAGUUAUUAGUUACUACCGAUACUGGUUUUACGGAAGCAUGAAAAGAGUAAAAUCCGACCGCACACGUCCGAUGUGCGAUACCGUGAUCAACACAAAACAAAAGAACAUUGUAUCAAGCGACUUUUGAAAGUCGUGCCCCAAAUGCUACACCAAGCCACAGACAAAACAGAAUAGAUAUGUAAUACUAGUACAUACAUAAUAAUAAUAAUAAUAAUCGUAUAGCACACACUAAAAAGGUGUUUGCUUGUAGGUGAAAUUAAGCGUACAUCUUCGUUCUUCUUUUGUUUCGUACCUAUGUGUUAAGCUAAGACAAAGAUGUGAAAAAUUAUGAUAUUCGUAUAUAGACGAUGAAAAGUGUAAUGCAAAGUUUUUUUUUAUUUAUCCGGCUAAAACAAACAAACAAACAAAAAAAAAUGGCAUUACCACUACAAGUGAAAUCAAUUAAAACGCACACAUUAAAGAGAAGAAGAAAAAAAAGCUAACUCACUCAUUCACCCUCACAUACAAGCAAUUCGAAGAUUCGUGUGCGAUCGAACAUUUUAGGUAAACAACCAAGCAGGCAAACGAUACGACGAAAACGAUGACACAACAGCAUCCACCAUUGUGUAAUCGUUCAACGGAUAUGCCAUAUAUAUAUUUAGAGUAUGUAUAUUUAUUAAAUUAUUUUUUAAAGUUUAUUUUUAUAAAGUUUUUUGAAACUAUUUUAUACAUUCACCGCAAAACAAAAAAACACACAGCAAAAGUUUUGGGCCAACGAACAGACAGAAUAACAAAACAGACACACCAAAAUCUUAUUUGAUCCAAGUGCAGUAUAUUGAUACACUCCCAGGCAACCAACCAGCGAAUGAUAGAUGCAGGAAAAAGUGACAAAGUUCAAGGCUUGCUUUGUUAGUUUCUUUUGUAAAAAGUAUAUAAGAGCUAAACAAAUGGAUCAGGUACGCGCGAUUUCACAGCAUUGAUAGUGAUUUGUAAUUCAGAUGAACCGCUGACACAGAUGACACAGACAGAGUGAUGAAUAUACACUGAAAAAAAAAGAGAGAGAGUUUCGCAUGUUUUAAGACAGGUCAAUAAUGCAAUUUUAUCAUCGAUUUCAACGUAGUGGUAGUUUGGAUACUCAACUUUUAAUCGAGACAGCAUUAAUCACACAGGUUAAAGAAAAAGUCGUGUGCAGAUCGCGGAUAUCAUUCGUUACAGCAACAGCGAAGCCACUGUUGUUAGUUUUAUAAUAGACACGAUUUUACAGAAGCACAUUUUUUUUCGGUAGUGGCUUGUAUCAGCUUGAAUGACUUUUGUAAUAUGAACCGGCAGACCGGUUCGAUUCGCCUAAUUCGCUUUUUGUGCAUUCAUUUACUGUAGGCAACAGAGAAAAAAAAGAAAAACAGAUAAUUUUGCUAUAGAAUACUUAAACCAAACCGAGAGUUUCCAGUUGUCCUAUUCCAAAUAGGAACGAAUACAACGAAGGUAGUAUUUUUCCAGUGUGUAUGGCACACUGUUGGUUCUCCAAAACUUUCUCGAACUCUGUUGUUCACUGUCGAAAUGUUGGUAAAGCGUCCUGCUUCCUACCAGUACUCAACUUCAUCGUGAAAAAUCAUCCUAUCACAUUCAGAUAUACUCUUAUUUGUUGAUACUCAGUUUGAAUGAAGUUUUUCACAACAAAAAAUAAAUUGGUACACCUGUCAAACCUUGUUGACAUGAUGUUUGAUUACAGUGAACGAAAUUUCCACCUAUCUCAUCGGUAGGUUCGAUUAGGAUCGGAACUGAAAUCAACUCAAGAUUUGGGUAAUAAAACACAAUUUAAAGUAAACACUUCGUGUAUGGAGCAAAGUUUUCCAAUGUACUACGAAUAUCGAUGAAAAUUGACGCUGCUCUAAUCCAACAUCAUAUCAAUCAAUUUAGUAGGGUGCUGUCUACAUUUGUGUAAAACGUCACUUUAUCCAACUGAGUAGUGGUAAAUAAGAGUGUUAGGCGAAGCUCCCACGUAAUAUAAUCUGCUCGAGUCUGUCCCGAUCCGGCGGUGUUCAGUUGUUUCAUCCAAUUCGCAGAGCAAUACAACGGACUGGUCACGGACCUAUUGGAAAUGAUUGGGUUUUUGUAGAGAUCAUAACUAAGUUGAGUUUGAUAAUGAUGCAUUCGUUUCGUGUUUUCGCCUCACUAGAACAGCAUUGAAUAGUUUUCGAUCUAUUUAACGCAUCAAUCUGUCUAAAUGUAACAAAGGUGAGACCGCAAGACAUGCAUGACCGGCAAGAAAAUGACACAUUUAAUUUAACACUAAGUUGACAACUACCAAAAUCCAACCAGCUUUCUGUCAUCUCAGUAGCAAUUCUUUCCUAAUGACUAGACGCUUGCUCAAAGCCAACGGCUCUUACUUUUAAAAUAUUUUCCGAUUUUACAUUCUGUCCAAAGUUUGGUACCAAUUUUCAGAAAUAUGUUUUGAGAAAUCAAUCUAUGGAACUAUUAGGAAUAUAAAUAAUUUCGAGUGGUUUUUUUGUCGAAAUUUGAUAUAUUUUAAGUAUUGUCGAUCGCAAACCACUACUGUUUUUGCUUAUUCUGGAAAUUCCUUGAUACCCUUUAUGAAAAGUUCGAUCGCUUUCGACACAAUCUUCGAAUCGAUCUGUUUUUUUUACUUAACCAAAUGUGCUGGUCAGCCAGACCAUGCGGCAUCGACCGGAACAAAUAGUAAUCGGAAGGAGCAAUGGCUGGGCUAUACGGUAGGUGGUAUAUGACAUUCCAGUUGACCGUUUUUAAGUAUAUUUUUACCAGCAGAAUCACUUUGUCGUGUCUAUCGGUGUAUUGUGGUUUUUCUUGAAAAACUCGGCUCAAACGCAUCAUUUGUCGUCGGAAGAUCUCCUCCGUGAUCUUUUCACUCGGUUGCAGCAACUCAUACCCUGCUGAAUCGCCUGGAAUUUGAUUUCGGUAGAAAUUCUCAAUGGAUUCUAAACCAGAUGCAACAACCACCAUAUACAGAGCGUCAUAACCUUCAGACCAGUAAUAUUCUGAAAGACCGUCGAUGAUGAUACAUAUAUAUAUCUCGGUAUAUCCAUACGUUACCCGAUCUUUUGGAUUAUCGUAAUUGACCCACUUGUCAUCGCCAGUAAUAAUUGAAAAACCUUCUCUUUUGUGUUGUUGAAGCAGUUGUUCACAUAGAAACGACGAAAAAAAAACCGUGUUCUUCGUCCUUUGGCUUCAAUUGAUACGGCAUCCAAUGGCCUACCUUUCGGAUCAUUCCCAUUACUUUUUAACGUUGACAAAUGGGUGGCUGAGCAACUUCGAGUGAUUUUACAAGUUCUUUUUUUGUGUUGGCGACGAGUCCUAAUCGAGCAAUCACUCCAAAUCUUCGUCUUCAAAGUAUAGUUGUGCUCCGCCUCGUUCUUUCAAUUUAAAAUUGCCACUUACCUUUUAACCAAAAACUAUGAUUUGCGGUGACUGUUUUCUUCAUAUAGAAACAACGAAGAACUCCCUGCAAAAACACUAGAUUCUUCACAAAAUUCGAUUUUUUUCAUAUUAAAGAAACUGUAAGCCAGUGGCUUUCCAACGCAUAGUCGGAAAGAUAAAUCGCUAGAAUAAAAAUCAACUGUUGGCAUUUCCGAACGAUACUGUCAAAAUGUGGCUUCCAACCGCGCAGCUGUCGUUAUUCUGCUUACUGGCACUCUACACGCUCUUUGAACAUAACUUAUGGUCUGAGUUGCGAUUACAGAAACAAUAUGUCAAAAUUUGGGUAUGGAUUUGAGUAAAAUUUACUCAGUGUUUACAUUUCAGUGAAAAAAAUACUUCUUGCAGUGAAAAAAAUACUUCAUUAUUGGAAUAUUCUGAACGAAUUUAAGAAUACAAGAAUACGUCAUUUUUCAUUGCCGUUUUUAGAUCCGGUUUUUGAAACCAGUAAUCAUCAAUCAUAGACAUUUUGAUGUUUCAAUUAUGCAAAGUAUUCAGGAAUAUUCCAGUUCUAGAUGCAUAAUUUAUGUCAGUUUUAAAGUUUAAAUCUGGUUAUUAUAACAAGAUAUACUGGCAGCCCCAGCAGUGUUUUACUCGUGUUUCAAAUAUAAAAAAAAUAAACGGCAGCGUAUUCCAGUUUUAAAUUUGACAGAAGAACUGUUCGAAUAAAUAAAACUAAAACGGCUUGAGGAUACAUUUGUUCCAGUUUCUGUUCUAUUAUAAGGGCAUAUUCAGGAGUGUUUUAGUUCUAGGUGCAUAAUUUAUGUCAGUUUUAAAAUUUAAAUCUAUAACAUAACAUAACUAUAACAAAAUAAACUGGCAGCCCCAACAGCGUUUUAUCUGUGUUUCAAAUAUAGAAAAAAUAGAACGGCAAUGUAUACCAGUUUUAAAUUUGACAGUAGAACUGGUCGAAUAAAUAAAACUGAAACGGAUUGCUGGGGAUACGUUUGUUUCAGUUUCAUUUACAUUAUAGACCACCCAUAUGAAUCUGGCAGCUGCUGAAUUUGCUCUAAUAGAUGUCCUAUAUAUAACUUUCAUCAGCUGAAUUUGCUCUAAGGAUAUCCAAAUCAUUCCAUUUUGUUUCCAAACCGGUCAAAAGGAAACUGACUUGAAUCACUUUUUGCGCUUCCCAUUUAAAGAAAGAAGAAUGAUUUUAACUAGAAAUCCGUGUAUGCAAACAUUAACGAAGAAGAAUUUCUUUAUUUUGAGUUAUGUUCAAUGAGGGUGUUGUCUCUACACAGUCACCCAUCACCGAUAAAUAUGCUGAUAACCAACAAAAAGACCUAUCUUGUUUUGCAUCCAUUUCUCUAGCUGACGUGUCAAAUAAAAGGACGUGAGUCACUUGACAUUUCAAUGACGGUUUCCUAUGUCACUUUCGGGUUGAUAGAGCAGUCAAAAUCGCGUAAAAAUGCUCAAUCGGACCGAUGCAGCCCAGCAAAAUUUACUGGGCAGGACAAGACUUCCCACAUUAUCAGAUCCGAAUGGAUUCCGAAUCGGCGAGAAAUUUUCAUUCGGAAUUUCAUGUGGAAAUCAUAAUGGAUUCCGAAUCAAUUCCAACUCCAGUGCAACAACCGAUUCCGAAUGAACCGGUUCGCCUACAACCGGUGGAUUCGGAAUUGAGUGAGAAGAUGCGGACUGAAUUGUCAAUUCGUCUUCUUCUUCUUCUUUCCUGAUUUUGCACGUUUUGGUGCUGAUUUUCAGUUUAUUUUUAAACGAAAACAUUAUAUAACUGAAUGUACAAAUUUAAAUCUUCAUGUUUUUCGGAUAUACAGAACUAGUAAAUAACCAGUUCUUCUUAGAAUCCCAACAUAAACUAUUGAAAUUCGCUGGAAAUUAACAAAACGGCCUACCUUAGUCAGCAUCAUCCAUUCCUCUAGCUGGAGUGUAGUGAAAUGGCUUAAGUCGCUUAAAUUUCACACUAACACAUUCAUAAAAUGAGCGAAUAUUCAAUGACAUUUAUAAUGUCACUGUCAAUCAGGUUGAUCGAGCAGCCGACUCAGGCGAAAAUUCUAGCACUGAGCCGAUCGAGCACUAAAAAAUCAUGCAGUCGAGUAAGAAUUCAUUGCUCAUUCCGUCAUUUCGAUAAUGUGGGUUCUCUUAGCUCAGGUUGCUAUGAUCGGUAGUGAAAAUUCGAGCUAUUUAACUUUUAUCAUAAAGUGCGGUCACUUCAGAGGAUUUCAGAUGCCAAGCGAAAUUUAUCUAUUUGAGUUCUCAAAAAAUAUUGAACUGACUACUGAUAUUCAUAUCGAACAGUUCUAAAAAAAUGACCGAUUUCUAAUCGAUUUUACGAAUACGUGAUUGACCAGUCCGAAUGCGGUAUUUCAAUUCGGGGAAGAUCUUUUAUUCGACAAGGUUUCUUCUGAUGUUCGAUGAAACAACGACACCCCGUCUUCGGGAAAGACUUCACCUGUACAAAGAUCACUAUAUUAAAAUGAGAAACUUUCAAACAUUCAAUAGUAACUUUAAAAUAUAUUUAAUAGAAGAAGGAAAAAAAAUGACAGAUUAUAUAUAUUUAGUAUCGAACCACUUAUGGUAAGACAGCGCGAAAGGAAAUAUUUCCCGCCCGUAGACACAACAAACAAACAAACAAACAACAACAGAAACUCGUUUGCAUAUUUAGAGAUUGGCAGACAUAAAUAAAAACGAAUAUAACGUGAGACUGAUACACUAUAUUGCUCAAAAUUACGCAAUUGCUCCGACUUUCCACCAUUUUGUUUGUCCUUUCGGGUUAAGUAACCUUCUGAAAACUAGAAUAGUUUACAGUUCUGACCCAUCACGUCCAGAUAUUGCGGGAUAGUUAUCGAAUCACUACGGUGCAGUCUUUUCAUUGUACAUUUUUUUGAGCAAAACGGUUCCAACUCGGAACAAACAAACGGAAACCUAAAGCCAAAUUCAUUCACGUUGACAGAUUUUGCCUGGAUUCAGUUGCUUUCGACAGACGGUGGGCUAGGCUAAGGCAGGUCAGUAAAAGUGAGACACACCGAAACUCACAGCGGGUCUCUUAAACAUUUCUCGUCGAGAGACGCAAUCAACUAAAGUAAUAAUUAUAAAAAAAAAUAAACAUUACUAAAACGAGAUAGGUAUCAGUCUGUAGUUUGUAAGGCAAUGACAUUAUGAUCGUGAAUAGGAAGAUUUAAAUAAACAUAAAACCGAAUCACCAACAAACCAACACUAAUUACAUACAUUCACCGUUUGACGAUAGAGAUUGCAUACACGGAUCAAAUGGGACGAGAUAACCUUUCAAAGAACUAUGGAAUCAAGAAAAAUAUUUAAAAUAAAACCAAAAAAAAAAGUUCAAAUAAACUUGAAAUGCUUGAA